UGGAAGCGAUCUGGGUAAAAUGGCGGCGCCCAGAGUCUAGACCAAGCGGGUCCGGAGCCCGCGGCUUGCUGCGUGAGUAUAUGAGACAGUUGAAGCUCAGAGGGGUUAAGGCCCUCUCCCGAAGUCACACCGCAAGUUGGGAGCUAGGUCGGAAUUCGAACCCGCGUCAGUCCGUUUCUCCCAAGGAACCCAGAAUCCUGACAGCCAGCCUCAGAGCUGCUGCACUGUCCAGCUGCUGGAAACACAACAAUGAGGAAGACAAAGUCUCCGGUCGGCUUGGGGAGCCAGACCUUAAGUCAGAAAUAAAGGGAACAGGUGGUUGUCUGACAAGCAGCAGCAUGAGCUGGGCCCAAGCCCUCCUGCUGGCCCGGGGCAUCUCUCGGGGCUGGAGAGGCAUCUGCGGGGCCACCGUCAUGGGAGCCCCCUUCCCGCAGGUGCCUCUCCAGGCCCCACGAGGCCUGCACUGCAGCGCGGCCGCCACCGCAGCCGGUAGCUCCGACUCGUGGCUGGCCCCGCCCCCGCCCGAGCCCCAGAAGGGACCCACGAAGGCCCUGGCCUUCCACGAGGAGCUGUUUCAGCGGGCACCGGAAGGGACGCGCGACAAGGCGGACUUCGUGCGCGCCGUGCAGAACUUCGGGCAGCAUAAUGUGCACAAGCGGGGUCACGUGGACUUCAUCUACCUGGCCCUGCGCAAGAUGCGGGAGUUUGGCGUCGAGCGGGACCUGGCUGUCUACAACCUGCUGCUCGACGUCUUUCCCAAGGAGGUCUUCCGGCCUCGCAGCAUCUUCCAGAGGAUGUUCAUCCACUACCCCCGGCAGCAGGAGUGUGGGGUCGCCGUCCUGGAACAGAUGGAGAACCACGGCGUGAUGCCCAACAAGGAGACUGAGUUCCUAUUGCUUCAGAUAUUUGGACGUAAAAGUUACCCCAUGCUCAAGUUUGUGCGCAUGAAGCUGUGGUUCUCCCGCUUCAAGAAUAUCAACCCCUUCCCUGUGCCCCGGGACCUGCCCCGGGACCCGGUGGACCUGGCCAAGUUGGGCCUGCGGCACAUGGAGCCCAACCUCAACGCCACCGUCACCAUUUAUCAGAUGCCUUCAUCCACAGACUCCACAGGUGCAGCAGAUCCCGCCGAGCCCCACAUUGUAGGAAUCCAGACUCCUGAUCAGCAGGCUGCUUUGGCCCACCACAACCCAGCCCGGCCUGUCUUCGUCGAGGGCCCCUUUUCCCUGUGGCUCCGAAACAAAUGUGUCUAUUAUCACAUCCUCAGAGCUGACUUGCUGCCCCCUGAGGAGAGGGAAGUAGAAGAAAUUCCAGAGGAGUGGAAUCUCUACUACCCGAUGCAGCUGCACCUGGACUACGGGAGGAGCGGCUGGGAUGACUACGAGUUUGACGUCCAUAAAGUGGAGGAAGGCCCUGUCUUCGCCAUAUGCAUGGCGGGUGCCCACGAUCAAGCUACACUGGCCAAGUGGAUCCAGGGCUUGCAGGAGACCAACCCAGCCCUGGCCCAGAUCCCCGUGGUCUUCCGCCUAGCAGGGUCCACCGGGGAGCUCCUGGCGCCCUCCUCAGGGCUGGAGGAGCCGUCCCCGCCCCCACCAGAGGGCCAGGAAGAAGAGGAAGACGAUCAGCAGCGACAGCAUCAGGGCCAGAGCUGAGCUUGGGCAGUCACCCGCACAAGCUGUGGACUGGUGUGACGGCGUGAGAUGCCUUUUGAGUGUACAGCAAAUAAAAGUUUUCCGUCCUGGG